AUGAUCCUGCAGUCCCGCGUCGAAGCAGCAGAUAGCCACAGAGCGCUGGCUCACGAAGCCAGGAGUGUGAGAAACUCGAAACGAGAAGGCUCACAUUCGAGCUGCUCGUCUUAUGUGCGCUAUAUAAUUGAUUUUAGGAAUAGGGCAAGGAAAAAAAGGGUUCUACCUUGCGACGCGCAUGACACGCCUGUCACUGCCUCAGACCAUGAAGACUAUCAUUCUCAGUAUGAUGCCACCGAAGCUGUGCUCACCUUGGACCAUAACGAUUCCGAGUGUGAUGACGAUCUACCUUAUUUCGCAGACACCAACCUGCCUUCUCCUCGCAACUCUCCCUCGCUGCAAGCGAUUGAUGAAGAAUAUGAUCGUUCAUUCGAUCCUGACGAAUCUAUCCUCACGAUGGACAACAAUUUAUUGUGUGCCUGUGACUCUCCGUCACUGCAAAUGCUUGAGAUCCUCGUUGGGCAGUGGCGAAAGGAGUGGGUGUCUGAAGAAAUGUGGAAUGAGGCAUACGAUGAAGCACUUCGUCGCACCCUGAGCAAGGGGGAGCACGCUGUAUUUGUUGAGCAGUGUGCACAGCAUGCUUCAGAGGGUAGAUCACUGCUGGAAAGUAUCAAGGACGUCGUGCACACUCAUUGCCCGUGUUGCAGGGAACGCCUGAAGUACGAUACAAUAUUACUAUAUGAUUUGCUGGUUAGUGUCACAUCAGAGGUGAAAUUUUUCGAAGUCAAAUUAGUUGUAGACACCGUCUGUAACUAG